CAGGGGUCAUAUCAACGUGGAAUACGAACGAUGGGUGACUCGGUUGUUCUGCAUGUGGAGCUCCUGGGCUUUGAGCGGAGAUUCUUCCCAAGCCAGCACUAUGUGUAUAUGUUUCUGGUGAAAUGGAGUGACUUGUCAGAGAAGUUGAUUUACAGGACUUUCACAGAAAUCUACUCUUUUCAUAAAAAUUUAAAGGAGAUGUUUCCCAUUGAAGCUGGUGAAAUUGACAAUAAAGACAGAAUUAUUCCAUCUUUACCUGCUCCUAAAUGGUUUGACAACCAGAAGACCACAGAAACUCGUCAGGGCACUCUGGCUGAUUACUGCCGUACACUACUCAACUUGCCUAUUAAAAUUUCUCAUUGUCAUCUGGUACUUGACUUCUUCCGAGUUCGCCAGCAUGAUGAGAAUCCACCUGCUCCUCAUCCGUUUAAGAGGAAUGAGACCUUUCUUAUGGGAAAAGAACAAACUAGGACUGAUAAAUCAGAAAUCACUGGGCCAAUCAUUUUACAGACAUAUAGGCUUAUUGCAGAAUACAAAAAGAGCUCCAAGCAUGAACUCAGCAUGAAGGCUGGAGAUCUUGUUGAAGUUGUGGAGAAGAGUACAAGUGGCUGGUGGUUCUGUCAAACUGAGUCUCAUCGUGGUUGGCUUCCUGCAACAUACCUGGAACCUCUAGAAGGUCCAGAUGAGUCAGAAGAUCAGGAGCCCAACUAUGAAGGUGAAUUAUACCAGACCACCAAGCCGUACAAAGCUGAGCAAGAGGAUGAGAUCAGUCUAGAGCAGGAUGUGACCAUUGAAGUCAUUCAUAAACUCUUGGAUGGCUGGUGGGUUGUGAGGAAAGGUGAGCAAACUGGAUAUUACCCCUCGAUGCUAUUGCAGAAAACUGGAGAGAAGCGAACUGACUAUCCUGUGAAAACCCUGAAUGAGGGAGCAAAACCUCCUCCAAGAAGGUCAACAAUUAGAAAUGCCCAGAGUAUUCACCAGAAGGGACGUCAGCGUAUCAGCCAAGAGACCUACCGCCGCAACAGCCGCAGAUACCUACAGCAACGUGGUCCGCAUGCUAACCGUAACAGAGGAGUGCAAAGUGGACAGUUCAACCAGCAAAAUAAACUGACCUCUGUUUUGGAGAUCUUGAAUAAUACUGAAAACACUGACCAUAAAAAGACUGAUCAGCCAAAUGAACAGAAGGCUCUUCCUGUCAUACCCCCUCGACCCAGUAAGGAGGUCAUUUUGGAACGCUGUACUGAAACCACACGCAAGAAGGUCAGCAUCCGGAAUUCCAGCUGAGACUGCAGAGGAAUCAUUUGUACCAUACUGGAGAGGCUUGAGCAACACCAGCCAGUCUGUCAUAAUUUAUUUUACAAAUAUUUCUGUAUAUAUGACAAGAAGCAAAAGCAUAUUUUUUUCAGUGAACAUUUCAUCCAAGGCUGUCUUUGCAGAAUGUAUUUGGUCUUCUAAGUUAUUGGAGAAAACAUUCUAUCUAGAGUUCACCUGUUUCUAUUGAUGAUGACCACAGCAUAGAAUUGCAAGAGUUUCUAGGGUCACUAGAGGGUGCUCUAGGCAAAUGACCCUAAAGUGUCUGUGUGGUAUUUGGAAUCCCAAAAGUUAUCUCAGGGCAUACUUUGGAGUAGUUACAACCCUCUUAACAACAAGGUAGAUGUGCUUUGAGUUGUAAGAUGAGACAGAGUAAAGGACUCAGCUGGGUGGAGGUUAAGAGGCCAUUAUAUAGAGAAAGGAGGAGUGUGGGCUUUGUUCGAGCCAGGAGUACAUGUGCACAAGUGGACCUGCUACCCCUAGGUGGUAGUCAUGGACCACCACACAUAUAGCUUGUUCCAGUGAGGCAAUAGGACUGUUAUUUUCUUUUUUAUAUGCAUAUUUAUCCCAUGAGGACCACAACACAAGAGAUUUGCAGGAUGAUUCUUGCUAUCAUGGGUUUUGUCCAU